AAAAAAAAUAAAAACCGGGGGAAGGGAAAAAAGCUUCAACGGAGGGGAUUAACAGAGGGCGCAUUCCAUAUGUGUCCCAAACGGAGCGCGUCAAGAAACCCUAAUUCAAUUUCGUCUUCGAUUCCCAUUAAUUGAUCAUCCAUCGUGUUUGAUCCACCGAUUUCGCUAUAUAUGUAUAUUUUUUCCCGCACGCGGAUUCACCGUUUUUGAAAUUGAUUAUCUGGUGGAAGAUUGCGUGCCGUACCCGAAGUCCGACCCAAUCACCGUCUCAUGAUUGCUGAUUUGUAAUCGGGGACGAAUCUAUUCGAUUGGACCUUCGAUUGCGUUCCUUGUGGAUCCAGCUACUGGCUUGAGCAGUUUUUUUGUUAGAUCUGCGGCUGCUAGCCGAAUCAGGCAGUUGAUUUUGUCAUAUGGAUGAUCUGGAUGUGCUGGCCCGCGACUUCGGGCUCGGGGCCCGUGGUAAGGCCAAUCCGAUGAGGUCUAAUCCGGCGGAUCGACGAUCUGUCGACGAUCCGUUGUUCAGCGACGUCUUCGGCGGGCAGCCAAAGUACAGAUCGAGCUCGAGCUCUCCGAACAAUGACAAUUUCUCUCCGACCGGUGACUUUGAUUAUGAUUCUAUUUUCCAAUCAUCGGGCGCCAGUGAGCCGAAGAAUGCCAAUAGUAGUAGUAAGCCCUCAUCGAUGCCGGUGUACGAUAAGCCCGUUUAUGACGAGGAUAUAUUCGAUGGGUUGCCCGGUUUGAAGAGCAAAUCAGAGGGGUCGAAGGUAAGGUUUGAGGACGAUGUGUUUGGAUAUAUGUCAUCACCAGCGACAGGUAAAAAUCAGAAUCAGAAUCAGAGCAGCGGUUUGGAUGAGCUAUUGGGGAAUUUGGGGAGUAAUGAGAAGUUUGGUGAGAGCAGGAAGAGUAAUAGUGUGAAAAGCAAUGCAAAUUUAGACGGUUUUGAUGAUUUGCUAGCUGGUUUUGGAAGUGGGAGUUCUGCUGCUAGUAGCAGACAAACGCCUGAGUCCAGAUGGGGUUCCGUACCAGCUGCUAGUUCUAAACGUGAAGAUACCAUGCAGAAUCCUUUUGUAGUUUUGGAGUCAAGUUCAAAUCAGCAAUCUUCAUCUGGGAUGUACACCGAUCCAUUGGAGGAGAUAGGCAAGCUUAAUAAAUCUAGAAGUGCAAGAGCUGAAGUUUCAUCAGUUAGCAGUGGAGCAUUUGGUGACUUAGAUCCCCUAAGCACUAUGGGAAAAUCUGCUCAUGCUUUUUCUCCCGAGAGGAACAAGAGAGGGAAGGAUGUGAGCCCGGCUAGAUCAGCAACACCCCAAUCUGCUACUGCCAGAGAACCUGUAGGGAACUUUUCCCUUAAAAAUCCAGACAAUGCAGAGAAGAAAGUUCCAGUAGACAGUUUUCAGGAACCUCCAUUAUUUGAUGUGCCAAAUGUUUCUACAGAUUUUCAGAAAUCUUUUGGUCAAACUGCUCCACCUCCCCCAUAUUAUGAAACAGGCUCGCAUGCUGAUAUGUCUCCAGAAGCUAGUCAAGAACCUCAGACUGAUGAUAUAUGGCUUAGUGUAUCAGAAAUUCCUCUCUUCACACAACCUUCAGCUGCUCCACCGCCAUCACGGCCUCCUCCACCCAUACCUCGCCAAUCUUCGAGGUCAGAAGGUGGCUCCUAUUCUUCACGAUUGAGAAAGAGGGGUGGUGAAUUUUCUUCAACGCCAAGUUAUUCCCAACAAUCUCAAAGUCCUAAACCAAGCAAACCUGCAGCAAAGAGUACCCCAGUUUCACAGUUUGAUGAGCUUGAGGAAUUUGCCAUGGGAGGGUCACAGCAGAGUUUUGAUGACAGUGCUAACCUUCACUUUGGUGCAGAUCCUGAUGCUUUCUCUGCUGCUGCGGCCUCGGCUGCUGCUAUGAAGGAUGCCAUGGAUAAAGCCGAGGCUAAAUUUAGACAUGCUAAAGAAGUGCGCGAGAGGGAAUAUGCCAAGGCUGCCAGACAUAAGGAAUCUGGGCAGGGGGAAAAAGAUGAACAUGAGGGGCAGGAGAGAGAAUUUAGGGAAACUCAGGAGGUCUUAGAUCAUGAAAGGAAGCAGAGGGAAGAGGAAGAGAAAGAGCGGAAGAGGCUUGAGAGAGAUAGAAUAAGAGAGAUUGAAAGGGAGAAGGCUAGACAGGCUGUAGAAAGGGCUACUCGGGAAGCACGUGAAAGGGCAGCAGCUGAUGCACGGGAAAGGGCAGCAGCUGAAGCUCGCAUGAAAUCUGAAAGGGCUGCUGUCGAGAAGGCAAAUGCUGAAGCUCGAGAACGUGCAGAACGAGCUGCAGUUCAGAGGGCACAGGCUGAAGCACGUGAAAGAGCUGCAGCAGAAGCUAAAGAGAGAGCAGAGAAGGCUGCUGCAGAAGCUAGGGAAAGGGCUGCUGCAGCAGAUGCCAGGGAGAAAGAACAGCGAGACAAAGCUGCUGCAGCAAAGGCUGAAGCAGAAGCAAGGCGUCGAGCUGAAAGGGCUGCUGUUGAAAGGGCUGCAGCUGAGGCUAGGGAGAGAGCUGCUUCAGAAGCUCGAGAAAGGGCUGCUGCCGCUGCAGCUGCAAAGAUGAAUCAACAAAAGAAUGAUAAUGAUCUGGAAGCCUUUUUCAGCAUGGGCCGGGCAAGCAGUGCACCAAGAGCAAGAACAAAUACAACCGAUCCAUUUUUCGACCAACAAUUCCAGAGCAAGGGUGGAUUUGAAGCUGCAAAGAAGACACCACCCUCUAGUGGAGCCUCAUCUACCAUGAAGAAAGCAUCUUCCACUACCAAUUUUGAUGACCUAUCUUCUAUUUUUGGAGCUGCACCAUCUGGAGAAUUCCAGGAUGUUGAAGGGGAAACUGAAGACAGAAGAAGAGCCAGGCUGGAACGACACCAACGCACUCAAGAACGAGCGGCAAAAGCAUUGGCUGAAAAGAAUCAGAGAGACCUCCAAGUGCUGAGAGAACAAGAAGAAAGACAUAGGAUUGCGGAGACGUUAGAUAUUGAAAUAAAGCGUUGGGCUGCCGGAAAAGAAGGAAAUUUGCGUGCUCUGCUGUCGACUCUGCAAUAUGUGCUCUGGCCCGAAUGCGGCUGGCAGCCUGUUUCUUUGACAGAUCUCAUUACGGGUGCCGCAGUUAAAAAGGCUUAUCGAAAAGCUACUCUUUGCAUUCACCCCGACAAGGUCCAACAAAAGGGUGCCACCCUCCAACAGAAGUACAUUGCUGAAAAGGUCUUUGACCUGCUCAAGGAAGCCUGGAAUAAAUUUAACUCCGAGGAGCUCUUCUAAAUAUUUUCAUGAAACAUUGAUCUUCUAUGUGCUACCUAUGAACUGCGCUAUAUGAUCCAAGUAAACUCUCAGACUAUUCUCACAAUAUUUAUCUGCAUUGAUGAUUGGAUGGAUGCAUCAAUCUUUUUGGGCUGUUUUCAAAGUCCCGGUUGUGAAAAGAGACAGACAUCAAUGCCCACUUGGAUGCGUGGAUGGAUGGCUUGUGUACAUGUAUGCCAACUGUAUAUUUUGAUAUAUCGAGGCCACAGAUAUAAGGGAGGUAUGGCUUGAACGAGUGUUUGGUAUAGAAUAGCCUUGUUUUGUCGUCAGUCUGUUCGUCUCUCUUCCUCGUGCUGCUAUAUGACUAAGUUUAAUUGCCUUUGACGACGCACACAGAACCAGGUGAUUGAUUGUCUUCUUGUCUGUCCGCCUGCCUGUCAUGGUGUUAUUUCUUUCCCCCAUUUUUGGUUUUCCUUGUCUUUGUCGACCUUAUUCAUUUGUUGCGUCGUGUGCGUGUACGUGUGCGUGUGUCUGUGUAAUUGUGUUCAAGUUAAGAGAUUCAUGUGAAAUGCAUUUGUUUUGUUUAAUACUGCUUGUUAUCAUAUAUACUAUUAUUUGUUUGUGUUAGUUCAUUCAUUUUUGUACUCAA